AUGCAAGAUCAAAAACAACAGGAGAGUGAAUUUCAAGCUGGCAUUCCACCACGUUUAGUAUCUGUAUUUUACUCAGUUUUCGAUGAUGACAAAGGACCAAUAGUAUUACACGAGGUUCCCGAAGGUUCCAUUAUUCAAACGGAAUCUUCAACUCCUAUAAUUGACUUUAAUUCAAUAUCGGAUUAUAUUAUUCCAAAGGUUGAAUUAUGCGGCCAUCUAAUUACUAUAUGUACUGAUUCCCACAAGGUUAUGGGAUUUCCUGUAGUCCUAACAGGAGAUAAAUAUUUUAGAUUCACAUUUUUUUUUAAUCUGUGCUUUGUAUUUGAUCGCAAUGCCGAUACUUCAAGCUAUGAGCCUGUUGUGAGAAAAGUUGCGAGAAUAUUGCGUUCCUUGGAGAACGAAAGCGGAUUCUUGUACAAAAACAAAAGCGACUCUUUUAUGCAGAAUAUUAUCGAACAACUUCUUGAAGACCUUAACAAUUAUUGUGAAUGCCAAAUUCUUAUUGAUCAGUCAAACGCAAUAAACCUUAAACUAUAUCCAACUUACCGAAAUCCACCGCCAGUAUACGAUCACCAAGUACCGAUAUGUACUGUGAACCUUGCAGCUCUAAUGGAUGCUAAUUGGGAUAUAACGUUGAGAAAA